AUGGUCGCAGUCCUCGAAGACGGCAACAUGGCGCCCCACGAGUGCACUCCUUCCUGCAUCGUGUGCGGUGGCGCUCAUCUUACGGGCUCGCAAGACUGCAAAGCCAAAUUUCGACGGCUGCAACAACCGGGCAAGCCGACCGGUCAACGAACGCAUUCUCGGACUGCGGUGCCCUCGGGUUCUGACACCACUUCAAAAGCUCCCACGACUAGCAACAAGAUGACGAAAGGCACAACCGGACCAGCGCCACCGGCGGGCACCUUGCCUGGACUUGCCCCCAAGUCACCUCGGUCAACUAACCCGAAAGCGUCACGGGAUACAGACGCCCCUACAUCCCAAGACAGGGACUUUCCGGCUCUCGAAGGCCCUCCGUCUGGCACACCAAAGAAUACGUCUCAGCCCAAGGUAGGCAGCCGAGACGGGCCUCCUCCGCCUCCCUGCACUCCCCUACCUUCUCCCCCACCAAGGAUUUCUCCUCAUCCCCCUUAA